GCUUCCUGCGGCACACAUGUACACAGCACUGAAACUGGAAUAUGGAUUCUUCUAAGAGAAAAGACUCCACUAACAGUGUCUUUGCAGACCCAAAUUCCGAAAACAACGACGAGGAAAAGGAAGACCUGUGUCCCGGUUUUAAAGACGCGGAUACUUUUGUUAAAUAUGGAUUGGGUGCGGUGUUAUCUGCCACCAAGGCAUCCGCCAGCUUGCCUCAGACUGGAGAUGAGUAUGAUUUCUAUCGGAGCUUCCCGGGCUUCCAGGAGUUCUGUGAAAGACAAGGAGAUAAGCUCCUGCAGGGCAUGAGUCAGAUAAUGCAUCACCAUGGCUGCAGAUCUCACAUGAAGGACAGGAACAAGCUGACAGGGCUGGAGGAGAGGUUCGACUUGGUCGUGGACUCGAACGACGUCAUCCUCGAAAGAGUGGGGAUUCUUCUUGAUGAAGCUGAUGGGGUGAACAGGAGCCAGCAGCCUGUCCUGCCCGCAGGCUUUCAGGCUCCCAAGAUUGUUGUUUCCAGCUGGAAUCGCAAGGGUUCAGGCUCCGGCAGUCGUUCUGAGACGUUCCGUCUGCUCCAUGCCAAGAAUAUUGUGAGGCCUCAGCUGAAAUUCAGGGAAAAUGUCGACAACAGCAACACACCAUUUGUUCCCAAGAUCUUCAUCAAGCCCAAUGCAGUAAAGCCCCUUCCCUCCUAUUUCACCAACAAACAAAUCCGUAAAGAGAGACCUGAGGACCUUGAUGUCCCGGCUGCCCUGGCUGACUUCAUUCACCAGCAGAGAACUCAGGAACAUGUUGAAGACAUGUUUUCCCACCCAUACCAAUAUGAACUGGAUCAUUUCACAUUAACAGAAAGCCUUCUUUCUAAGCCACAACCGCUGAUGUACAAACCCCUGGAUGAGACCAAAUGCUCCUUCAUUGAAACAUUGGAGGAUCUGGUGGCUCUGAAUGAGAAACUUUGCAAAUUGUCUGAAUUUGCAGUGGAUCUUGAGCACCACUCCUACAGGAGCUUCCUCGGACUCACCUGCCUGAUGCAGAUCUCCACCAGAGACGAGGACUUCAUCAUCGACACCAUUGAGCUCCGGAGCGAGUUGUACAUUCUCAACGAGGCAUUCACUGACCCUGCUAUUGUCAAGAUAUUUCACGGCGCUGACUCUGACAUGGAGUGGCUCCAGAGGGGACUGUAGGGCUUGUAUGUGCGUCAACCUUUAUUGACCACGCAUCAGGCCAGCCGAGCUCUGAACUUUGCCAGACAUUCCCUCGACACCAUGCUCAAACACUACUGCACCGUGGAGUCAGACAAACGCUACCAGCUGGCUGACUGGAGGAUUCGCCCCUUGCCAGAGGAGAUGGUGCAGUAUGCUCGGUCAGACACACACUUCCUGCCUUACAUCUACGACUGUGUGCGGGAACAGCUGUUGGACUUUAACCACGGGCAGCCUGGCCUGCUGCAGAGUGUCUGGAACAAGAGCAAAGACAUCUCUCUGAAGAAAUAUGUGAAGCCUAUAUUCACAGAGGAGUCAUAUUUGGAGCUGCAGAGGAAGCAGAAAAGGUCCUUUAACACCCAGCAGCUCACUGCCUUCAGACUGCUGUUUGCCUGGAGGGACAAGCUGGCCAGGCAGGAAGAUGAAAGCACCGGAUUCGUUCUGCCCACUCAUAUGAUGAACAAGAUAUCUGAGGAGCUGCCAAAAGAGCCACAGGGCAUCAUCGCCUGCUGUAACCCUGUACCCCCGCUGGUGAGGCAGCAGGUCAAUGAGCUGCAUUUGUUAGUGCAGCAAGCCAGAGAAAUGCCUCUCCUCAAGGCUGAGAUUGCAGCUCAAAAGAAGAAAGGACUCACACCCAUAAAAAAGGCUGACGUCACGUUGUUUGGUCCUCAUGAUACAUCCAGGGUCUCUGAGAGCGACCUCCACAACUGUUCUACUGAUGAAAUGCCCAUCAAACAAGGGAUGCUCUUUGCAGAGGAUGAGCCCAAAAUGGAUGUUGAUGAAGAAAACACAAGUGGCCUUGUAGCAAAAGCUAAAAUCACACAGUUUGAGGAGCCGGAAACACAGAAUGACACAGAAUCCCUUCCUGUGGGUCAAAUGAAAGCCAGACGCAUCAUUGAGUCUUUUGAAAACCCUUUCAGAAUGUACUUGCCCUCCAACAAUGUGCACAUCAGCAAGAAUGCCAAGUUUGACCCAUCUUCCAAAAUAUUUGAGAUAAGUAAAAGAUGGAAGCUGCAGAGUAUUGAGCAGCAACAGAAGGAGUUGGAUGCCAAAAAGAAAGCAAAGGAAGAAAAAAAGGAACUCACAAAGAAAGUGGCAGAUGAGAGAAAGAAGGCUAAGCAGAGCUACCAGGAGUCUCUCCUGAACGUUCCCACUGUUCGCGAGCAGGCAGCGGAAUCUGUAAAGCCCGGAACGAAAAGAGAGAGGGUCGCCAGUGACGUUGGUGAGUCGACUCCCAAACCGAGUAAGAAGCUAUUGAAAUCUGCAGAGAAGUCCGAGAAGACUGAACCACCUCCACCAGAACCCUUCAAGCCAUUCGACUACAGAAAGUCAGACCUCAAAGUCUUUGCUGGUAACAAACCAACGGACAACACUCAGUUCGAUCCAAACCGGCAAUCCAAUGAUUUUAGGAAAAAGAAAAAACCCAAGGGACAAAAACCUAAUUCUGGAGGUGGAAAGAGUAUGUCGUACAUGGCUGGGAAAUCUGACAGAGGAUUCAAGCACAACUGGCCCAAAAGAUAAACUCUCCUUGAUGCCAUAUUCUCUCUUAUUUUAAACUUGUUCUUAUCUUGCAGAAACAAUGAUCCCUUUAUUUUCAUUUUUCAUUUCAACUAUCAACGAUUUUCCUACUCAAGUUUCUUCCAUUUGUAAAACAGUUUGCCCUGUAAAUAUGUGGAAGCACAGACCUCUUUAUUAAAGACAAUUUUAGAGGAACAAUUAUUUGCCUUUUUCGAUAAUGAUUAUGAAUUAAAACCUAAUAAACUUA